GGCGGUGCCAACUUGUUGUACAUACCUUAGUGUUAUUACAAGUAAUGAAACAGUAUUGGACACCAGACCUUCUACUUAAUUGUAUUUCAAAAUGGGAAAAAGAAGAAAUCAAUUUACUUUCAGUUGAGAUGAAAAAAAAUCAUUUUAUAUAUAAUUUGACUUUCAUUAGCUUUGAUUUUCAACUGAGUUCAGCAUUCUUAAUUCAUUUCCUUAAAUAUGCAAGUAACUUAGAGAGCUUGCAAUUAUGGAGUCACAAUAUCCAAUAUGCUAGUCACAGAUUGGUCACAGGUACUAUACUCAAUGCAGUUAUUAAUGAUUUGGACAAUGCCAAUAUAAAGUUAGAAUUAGAAACACUUGAUAUUCAUGGCAUUGAUCUAAAUGAUAUUGAUGGAACAUUACUGGGAAAAUUAUUUAAAAUAGCUCCUAAAUUAAAAUGUCUAUAUGUAAGUGAGUGUAGGCUAUCAGGUUGUACUUUGGGGGCAAUGAUCACAGAAUGCCAGAACAGUGAAGAUACAGUAUGCAAUAGUCACAAGUUGGUCACAGGUGCUAUACACAAUGCAGUUAUUAAUGAUUUGGACAAUGCCAAUAUAAAGUUGGGAUUAGAAACACUUUAUAUUAGUGGCAAUGAUCUAAAUGAUAUUGAUGGAACAUUACUGGGAAAAUUAUUUAAAAUAGCUCCUAAAUUAAAAUGUCUAGCAGUAUGGGAGUGUAGGCUAUCAGGUGGUACUUUGGGGGCAAUGAUCACAGAAUGCCAGAACAGUGAAGAUACAGUAUGCAAUAGUCACAAGUUGGUCACAGGUGCUAUACACAAUGCAGUUAUUAAUGAUUUGGACAAUGCCAAUAUAAAGUUAGAAUUAGAAAAACUUGAUAUUAGUGGCAAUGAUCUAAAUGAUAUUGAUGGAACAUUACUGGGAAAAUUAUUUAAAUUAGCUCCUAAAUUAAAAUGUCUAGAUGUAAGCAAGUGUAAGCUAUCAGGUGGUACUUUGAGUGCAAUGAUCACAGAAUGCCAGAACAGUGAAGAUACAGUAGACCAUGUUUUGAAACGCUACAGGCUUGUACUAAAGGGCAAUGGCCUUUCAGAUAUUGAUGGUACAUCAGUUGCUGAUUUAGUCAGGGUACAUUGUCAUUAUAAAUUUGGUGAUGAUGAUUAUGAUGAUACAAUUUUCAUUCUGUGUGAUUAUUCUCUUACUUUUGAUAACAUAGAAAAGCUUGUUGAAUCAGUAGGUGAAAAUAUAACAUUGGAUUGGGAAAGUAUAGAUCUGAGUAGGAUUAACCUGUCUUCAAUAAGUGGAAUAACAUUAGCUCGCCUAUUUAAGAUCUGCCCAGUGCUGGACCAUAUUGACAUGAGUUACUGCAGUUUAUCACUCAGCAUUGUUAAUGAAAUGGUAGAAGAAUGUUGUAGGAUGAAUGCCAAUAUAAAGUUAGAAUUAAAAAAACUUGAUAUUAGUGGCAAUGAUCUAAAUGAUAUUGAUGGAACAUUACUGGGAAAAUUAUUUAAAAUAGCUCCUAAAUUAAAAUAUCUAAAUUUAAGAAAGUGUAGGCUAUCAGGUGGUACUUUGAGGGCAAUGAUCAGAGAAUGCCAGAACAGUGAAGAUACAGUAGACCAUGUUUUGAAACACUACAGGUUUGUACUGGAGGACAAAGACCUUUCAGAUAGUGAUGAUACAUCAGUUGCUGAUUUAGUCAGGGUAGAUUGUCAUUAUGAAUUUGGUGAUUAUUAUGAUGAUUAUGAUGGUUAUGAUGAUGAUACAAUUUUCAUUCUGAGUGAUUAUUCUCUUACUUUUGAUAACAUAGAAAAGCUUGUUGAAUCAGUAGGUGAAAAUAUAACAUUGCAUUGGUAUAGGAUAAAUCUGAAUAGGAUUAACCUGUCUUCAAUAAGUGGAAUAACAUUAGCUCGCCUAUUUAAAAUCUGCCCAGACCUGAAGCAUAUUGACAUGAGUUAUUGCAGUUUAUCAGGCAGGAUUGUUAAUGAAAUGAUUGAAGAAUGUUGUAGGAUGAAUGUAGUAUUCAACGACAACAUGCUUAGUCUAAAGGGCAAUGACCUUUCAGAUAUUGAUGGUAAAUCACUUGCAGAGUUAGUCAGGGUAGUUGGAAAGUUUUAUUAUGAGGAUGGUAUUUUCAGUUGGAGUGAUUAUUCUCUUACAGCUGGUAACCUAGAAAUGCUGGUUGAAUCUGUAGGUGAAAAUAUAAUAUUGAAUUGGGAUAGUAUACAUUUGAGUGGGAUUAACCUGUCUUCAAUAAGUGGUAAAACAUUAGCUAGUCUAUUUAAGAUCUGCCCAGUGCUGAAAGAUAUUGACAUGAGUAACUGCAGUUUAUCAGGCAGCAUUGUUAAUGAAAUGAUGAAAGAAUGUUGUAGGAUGAAUGUAGUAUUGAAAGACAACAUGCUUAGUCUAAAGGGCAAUGACCUUUCAGAUAUUGAUGGUAAAUCACUUGCAGAGUUAGUCAGGGUAAUUUGUCUGCAUUAUGAAACUUUCAGUUGGAGUGAUUAUUCUCUUACAGCUGGUAACCUAGAAAUGCUGGUUGAAUCUGUAGGUGAAAAUAUAACAUUUAAUUGGGUAAUGAUAAAUUUGAGUGGGAUUAACCUGUCUUCAAUCAGUGGUAAAAUAUUAGCUCACCUGUUUAAAAUCUCCCCAGACCUGAACCAUAUUGACAUGAGUAACUGCAGUUUAUCAGGCAGGAUUGUUAAUGAAAUGAUGGAAGAAUGUUGUAGGAUGAAUGUAGUAUUGAAAGACAACAUGCUUAGUCUAAAGGGCAAUGACCUUUCAGAUAUUUAUGGUAAAUCACUUGCAGAGUUCAGAUUAUCCUAAUGUCAGUCAGUCAUCUUGGAAUCUCUACAUGUAAAAUAAAAAUAGUGUAACUACAUAUUACAAAAUUCUCAAGUUCUGUGAAACAUCAGUAGUACAGUACCUACAGAAAUUGUGCCUAAUUAUGGACGUAUUAUUGAAAUAAACAAGGGCACUACGGAAAUUCAUCAUCAAUGCUAGACACAAAAAUAUAUGAGUUUAUAUACCGAAAAAUCCAGAACAAUUAUUUUUCCAUCAAGACCUACAUUGGUACACUGUGUAUUGAAUUUGGGUGUUUUACACGUGCUCAGCUCAUUGAAUAACUCUUUCAAAAGAUUUAGGUGAGUUUAAGGACCAUGUACACCUGUUGUAUGUUGAAGUCAAGUAGUGCUGCAUUGUGGCUGACACAGGUCCCCUUGGACAAAGCCCAAAUUUAUACAUUGUUUAUUACAUUUGGAGACAAUUAUUAUUAUUA